AUGAAGUACUCGGCGGUGUCGCAGGAGUACAAGCUGUCGCUUGUGUCCGGUGGGAAACCGGUCCUGCCCAGGGCUGCGAAUCCCACAUUCGUGGACAGGAACGUGUCAUGCAUCACUGGGGACCAACAGAACUACAUUGUCCCCUUCAAUAACCAGAUCAAAGUGUACAAUGUCAACACGAGGCAGUGUGUCAAGACGCUGAAGUUUGCUAACAACGAGCUUCUCGCGACGAUUUUCACAGGGAGGGACACAGUCGUCACAGAUAUCUUGCUAGGUGAUAUCUCGCAGCCUGCAGAGAGGCAGGAGGAUAGGUUGGUCACUUUGGUCACGAGCAGGGGUCAAUUGGUGGUCUUGAAGUACGUCGGGAAGCAACUGGAACAGCCGCGGUUCUUCCAAUUGGCCACGGGCGAAGAUACUGUGUACAAAGUAUUUGAGCGUGAGGGGAAAUUCAAAGUGUUGUCUGUGACCCAGGAUAGACAGAAAUCCAAAACCAGUUUCGAUUACCACUUGUCGGAUUUGCAAUUUUCAGCUGGGGGUGACGCGGCAGAAUUAUCCAACUCGGUGGAGUUCCAAGAUGUGCUUUUGAGUUCAUGGUCCACAGCAGAGACAACACUCGUUCUGCUCCAGAAUGAUAAAGAACACCAGAGAACAGUGAGGGUCAAGUCGAUCUUUGACGAUGACUUGGGUCCCCUUGACUUGCAGUUCCCGCUCGAGUCCCUCUUCCCGGAUAAUAACUCGGUCCAACAGGCACAGACCAUCAACAGAUUCGUCACCUGUCUCGCAGUGGACAACAGCAGGUCGCAGUUGGCUCUCGGGUUUGCAUCCGGUGUGAUCACGCUCGUUUCGCUAACCACGAAACCAGACCAAGACAUGCAUCUGAGAUACCUGAAGUGGCAUAUCGACUCGGUGCUCGCCCUCGUUUUCAACGACGACAGCUCGUACCUGAUCUCUGGUGGGUGGGAGAAAGUGCUCAGCUUCUGGCAACUGUCCACAAACAUGCAGCAGUUUCUACCCAGACUGAACGGGAUAGUGCUCGAUGUCCAAGCGAUCGGGAAGAACAGCCAGUUUUACUCAGUAGCGUUGCAAAUGACCGAAAACGAAAGCAACGCGGAUUACCAAGUGUUGCUCUUGAACGCAGCUGAUUUGACCUCAAAACUGUCCAUCUCAGGACCACUGCCUGUGUUUGACACGAAGAUCGCAGAUUUCACGCAACCAGUCUCCACGAUCAACCUCAACAGUGGAGCAGCAGAGAGGAAAUACAGAAAGAAACUGUUGAAGACAAAGAACUCUGACUUCACCGCGUUUGUCGAUAUCAACCCAGUGACCAAACAAUUGUACCUGCCUCACGGUACCAACCUACAAACGUACGACUUCUACAAGAAUGAGCAAGUGGCCUUGCAGUAUUUGACGGACAGCAUUCAAAACCACAUGGGUAAAGUCAGAAACGAAUUGAACGUCAAGGACCCGCAGAUCAGGAAUUUGAAAGUCGUGGGGCCAGGGGACUGGCUUGUCACUUACGAGGUCGAUUACCCACCGGAAGACCUUCUGUCGUCGAACGACUUGACGCAUGUCUUGAAAUUCUGGGCGAGGGGUACACAAGCAGAUGAAACUUCCGCCGGGGGGGGUGCCGGUACGUGGGAACUGAAGACGAAAGUUCUGAACCCACACGGGAUCAGCUCCCCCAUCGUCGAUAUCUCGGCAUGUCCAGGGGAGAACGGCGGCGUCAUAUCUGCAGACAACAACGGUGGGUUGAAGUAUUGGGAAUUUGACGAGAGGGAAAACAAUUGGUGUCUGAAGAAGAUCAACAUGCCAAACUUCAACCACUUUAGCAACUCGGUAUCCACGGUCUGUUCGAGGGACUUGUCGCUCGUGUUCCAUGCAUUCGAUGACAAGUUGCAAAUCAUUGAUUUCGACUCGUUCAAAAAGAUCGAUGACGACAUCUUCAACAACGGGGGCACCGGCGACUUCACGAUGGAUUCAGAGAUAAAGAUAAUAAAGCUGGUCAGUGAAACGGUUCUUUUGGUUGCCACGGAAACGAAUUUGAUGACCCUGGAUCUGUUGAGCGGUAAACUGGUGAGCGCGCUGGAUAUGUACCCCUACGUCCACGGUAACUACAAAAAUAGUCAUUUAGGAAGACUCAUUUCGUGUGACAGCAAAAGUGACAAAGUGGCGCUAGUUAUCAACGAACAUCUGCCGGGCAAAGAACUAAAAUACCGUUCACACAUCAUAGUGUUUAAUUCCACACUGACCGCGAAACUGGGCGAUUUUGUGCAUCCAGAUUACAUCUCAUGGAUCGGUUGGAACCACGACACUGAUUUCAUUUUCUUGGACAUAUCAUCGAGACUUGGUGUUGUAGGCACUACGGUGAACACAGAGAUAGCCGAUGAGAUAAAUAGAGAAGGUCUGCUGGACGCACUAAAACCAGCCUCUUCUAGUGUCUCGGCCAACGCUGAUGCUCAAACUCAGGAUUCAGAGGACCACGAUUACCUGCAGCAACUGCGGGCCAUGACUUUGAAGAAAGGUGAAAAUGGCUUGUCGUUGGCCGAUGACGAUGAAGAAGACGCCGCCCAGGAGAUAAUAGAUGGCGCCAAAACCGGGCAGACUUUGAACAUGAACAGCUUUUCCAACAUGUUUGAAAACAUCCAGAAUGUCACGAUGGGUACUCUAUUUGACAAUGUCAUGCAAGUGCUCCAAUAG